AUGGUAGCAGUGAAUGAGAAAGUGAAGGGGUUCGCGGGGCACAGAUGGGUGGUGUUUGUGUGCGCGAUGUGGGACAUGGCAUUCGCAGGCACCUCUUACAUGUUCGGGAGCAUAUCGCCGGUGAUAAAGAGCAGCAUGGGUUUCAACCAGAAGCAGGUGGCGUUGUUGAGCGUGGCCAAGGAUUUGGGUGACAACGUUGGUCUUCUUGCUGGCAAAAUCAGCCUGUUUUCCCCCAUUUGGGCUCUCUUUCUCGUUGGGAUCUUCCAAAAUGUUCUCGGUUAUGGCCUUGUUUGGCUUCUCGUCACGCACCGCAUUCGGUCUCUGCCUUUCUGGCAGCUAUGCAUUCUAAUCUUUGUGGGGCAAAACGGGUCAACAUAUUACAACACUGCUGCCCUCGUUUCCAGCGUGCAAAGUUUCCCCGAGAGCAGAGGCCCCGUGGUGGGGAUUUUGAAGGGCUUCGUUGGCCUAAGCGGUGCAAUUUGGACUCAAAUCAUAGCCAUUAUGAAACUCCCUGACCAAGCCUCUCUCAUUUUCAUCAUAGCAGUUGGACCCGCAAUGGUUUCGUUAACCCUCAUGUUCAUCAUCAGACCCGUUCAGAGUUAUAAACAAUCUACAGCUUCUGAUGGGUCAGGUUUCAUGUUCAUCUACAGCAUUUGCCUUCUCUUGGCUGCUUACUUGAUGGGAGUUUUGUUGCUAGAAAACACGCUUGAUUUGGACCAAAGCACCAUCUCAUUGUUGGCCGUCAUUUUGAUCAUUCUCAUAUUGCUUCCAAUCAUUGUUCCCAUUCUGUUGGUUUUCUUCUCUGGACCCCAGAGUCCUGACCAAGAAGCCCUCUUGGAACCACCAAUGCUAGAAGCAUCUAAGUGUAAGAACGUGGUUGGGGAGAGUAGUAGUACUAAUAGAUCUACCAAAGUAGCCACACAUGUUGAAAAUGAGAAGAAUAUUCCUCCGAAGCUGGAGGUGCUUCCUUUGUCAGAAGGGCCAAGGGACAUGUUUCAGAUUCAAGCUAGGCUUUGGGAAGCUCUUGCCAAAGCUGUGAGGAAAAUCAAGCGAAAAAAUGGGCCCCAUAGAGGAGAGGAUUUCACCCUGUCACAAGCAAUGGCUAAGGCUGAUUUCUGGAUCAUGUUUUUCUCUCUAGUCAUGGGCGCUGGGUCAGGCUUGACAAUCAUAAAUAACAUGGGUCAGAUUUGCCAAUCAUUGGGAGACAACAAUGUGAAUGUCUAUGUGUCAGUUAUCAGCAUAUCCAACUUCCUUGGUCGUGUUGGAGGUGGCUACUUCUCAGAGGUUAUAGUGAGAAAUUUUGGGUACCCUAGACUUGUAGCAUUGGCUGUGAUUCAAGCAGUGAUGUCUUUGGGACUCUUCUACUACGUGUUGGGCUUGGCUGGACAAGUUUACGUGGUGGGCAUAUCGAACGGCUUUGGGUAUGGUGCUCACUGGUCUAUUGCUUUAGCAGCAGCUUCUGAGCUAUUUGGUGUGAAAAACUUUGGAACUUUGUACAAUUUUCUCACCAUGGCUAGCCCAGCAGGGUCUCUCUUCUUGUCUGGAUUUAUGGCAAGCACCAUAUAUGACUACUAUGCAGAGCAACAAGCAAAGCACCGAAUUGUUGGAGCCACCAAAUUGGCAAUGCCUUAUUAUGUCACUGCAAAUAACAAUGAGUUACUUGUUUGCGAGGGAAACAUUUGCUUCUCCCUCACGUGUGGAAUAUUGGCACUGGUUUGCUUGUGUGCUGCUUCUUUGAGCUCGGUCAUUUCUCACAGAACAAGGAGGUUCUAUGCACAACUUUAUGUGGAGUCUGGAAAGUGA